AAGCCUCCUCUGACGACGAGGAUCAUCAAUGAACUGAAACAUUACUACCAUGGUUUCCGUCUGUUGUUCAUUGACGUUCGAGUUGCUAUCAGGUUAAUUUGGUCAGUACUCAAUGGGAAAACGCUGAUGAGAAGGGAAAGGAAGCAGUUAGUUCGUACGACAGCUGAUCUUUUUCGCUUGGUGCCAUUCCUUGUUUUCAUCAUUGUACCCUUUGCUGAAUUUUUGCUCCCUGUUGUCUUGAAGUUUUUUCCAGGCAUGCUACCAAGUACAUUUCAAGAAGAGGAUAAGGAGCAAGAUAAGAAGAGGAAGAGAUUGAAGAUGAAGUUGGAGAUGGCGAAAUUUCUGCAAGACACAAUUGAGGAGACUGCCCUGCAACGAAAGGAUGCUCGCGGGGAGAGUGUGCACGAGUUUGUUGAUUUCAUGAGCAAGAUAAGAACUUCUGGAGUUCAAACAUCCAAUGAAGAGAUUUUAAAAUUUUCGAAACUGUUUGAAGAUAGUUUAACUCUGGACAACUUAACCAACGCACAGUUGAGAGCCAUGUGCCAGAUACUGGACAUCACUCCUGUUGGGCCGAGCUACAUUCUCAGGUUCCAGUUGGAAAUGAAGUUGAGGGAACUGGAGGCCGAUGAUAAGAUGAUCCAGCAUGAGGGACUCGAUGGGAUGGCCAUCUGGGAACUGCAGGAUGCAUGCAGACAGAGGGGCAUGAGAUCAUUUGGAGUGCCCGAAGAAAGAUUGAAGUCUCAACUGCUGCAGUGGCUCGACCUGCACCUCAACAUGAAGAUACCCACCUCUCUGCUGCUGCUCUCAAGGACGCUAUACUUUCCUGAGCAUAUUUCUACAGAGGACCAACUUAAAGCAACCAUACUUGCUCUACCAGAAACACUGACGGAGGAAGCGAAAGUGAAAAUAUUGGAGAAGACAGGUGACAGAGUGGACAACAAAUCCAAACUGGAGGUCAUCAAGCAGGAAGAAAUGCUCAUCAAAAUGGAGAAGAUGGAAGUGGAAGGAGUGAAAGAGGUGAUAAUGAUUAUAAGGAUGAUGGUGGUGAUUACCACAAUAUCGAAACCAGGACAGGAGGUUCUACCUGACAAGGCUGCCUCUCUUGAUCAUAUUGGUUUGUCUGUCUGUCUAUGCUUGCACGAAAUAGUUGCUAAGGAGGAAAUCCAUACAAAAGACCUCGAGAAGUUGGAGCAGGUGCUGGAGAUGGUCGUAGACUCCAAAUCGAAGCUUACAGCUGAGGUUGAGGAGCUGAAGAACUUGAAGGAAGAGUUUACAGAAUAUAAAGAGAACAUUGACCAGUUGAAAGGUGUCAUUGAGUCAUCAGCAACAAUGGGAGAAACUCCUCUAGUUGGUCUCGAGGAAUCUAAAGCUGCUAAAAGAUUGACAAAAAAAGUUGAGAAAAUGAUUGCAAAACUUGACUCAACGGUAGAAACAUUAGCCGCUGAAACUCAGAAGAAGAAACAACCUACUGUUGAAAUUGUAGAUGAUCAGGCAGUUCUCAACAAGCAAAAAGAAACUAUGGUUACUGUGUCCGAACUCAUUGGAGCUCUUGAGUCUCUAAAGAAAGAUCCUGAAUCACAGUCUAAGUAUGAGAUGAUCACAAAGAUUUUGGACGAAGACCAGGAUGGUCUUAUCAGCUACCAAGAAGUUUCCAGGUUCAUGGAACUUUUGGGAGGUGAAAACUUAAAGAUUGGUCCUGAGAAGAUGGCUGACAUCGUGAAGACGCUGAGAAAAGAGAGACAGGUGUCGGAAGCGAAAAAGUUACAGAAGCAGCAACAACAG